AGUAGGCGGGACUUUGGUUCUGUAGAAGAAGCUCUCGGUGCCGCAGGCUCUGGUUCUGUCUCUAGCCGAUCAACAUGGUCCAACUGGUUGGUUCCCUCCGAAAAGAGCUCUCUGACACCCUCUCCACUUGCAAGGUGCUGGUGGUGGGAGCAGGGGGGAUCGGCUGCGAGCUGCUGAAGAACCUCGUCCUCACCGGCUUCAAACAAAUCGAAGUGAUCGACUUGGACACAAUUGAUGUCAGCAACCUGAACCGCCAGUUCCUCUUUCAGAAGAAGCAUGUUGGCAAGUCCAAAGCACAGGUGGCCAAGGAGAGCGUCUUGCAGUUUUGUCCCACUGUAAACAUCACCGCCUACCAUGACAGCAUCAUGAACCCUGAAUACAACGUGGAGUUCUUCAGAAAGUUCAUGCUGGUGAUGAAUGCUCUGGAUAACAGAGCGGCCCGUAACCACGUGAACAGGAUGUGUCUGGCAGCAGACAUCCCGCUGAUAGAGAGCGGCACCGCCGGAUACCUGGGACAGGUCACCGUCAUCAAGAAGGGAAUGACGGAGUGCUACGAGUGUCAACCCAAGCCCACCCAAAAGACCUUCCCAGGGUGCACCAUCCGAAACACACCGUCUGAGCCCAUUCACUGCAUCGUCUGGGCCAAGUACCUCUUCAAUCAGCUGUUUGGGGAAGAGGACGCAGAUCAAGAGGUGUCCCCCGACACAGCGGACCCAGAGGCUUCAUGGAAUCCCGAAGACACGCCAGCUCACCCCACGGCCUCAGAAAAGGACGGGGACAUCAAGCGGAUCUCCACCAAGGAAUGGGCCCGCUCCACGGGAUACGACGCCGUCAAACUGUUCAACAAGCUUUUCAAAGAUGACAUCAAGUACCUGCUGACCAUGGACAAGCUGUGGAAGACGAGGAAAGCUCCUACACCUCUGGACUGGCAGCAGCUGAAGAACAGUGCGUGUCCUCAGGAGGUGUCUGUGGGUUCGGGUCUGAAGGACCAGCAGGUUCUGGGUGUUUGGGGUCUCUGCCAGCUGUUCCAGCACAGCGUGGAGACUCUCCGCUCACAGCUGAAGGAGAAGGGAGAAGCAGCCGAGCUGGUGUGGGACAAGGAUGAUCCCCCAGCCAUGGACUUCGUCACUGCUGCAGCCAACCUACGCAUGCACAUCUUCAGCAUGAAUAUGAAGAGUCGCUUCGAUGUGAAGUCCAUGGCGGGUAACAUCAUCCCCGCUAUUGCUACGACCAACGCGGUCAUCGCUGGACUCAUUGUGCUGGAGGGUUUGAAGAUCCUGUCUGGGGAACUGGAGUCCUGUCGUACGAUCUUCCUGAACAAGUGUCCCAGCCUCAGGAAGAAGCUGCUGGUCCCGUGCAUCCUGGAUCCGCCCAGCGCCAACUGCUACGUCUGCGCCAGCAAACCUGAAGUCACGGUCAAGCUCGACGUCCACAAAACCACGGUGCUCUCUCUGCAGGACCGGAUCCUGAAGGAGAGGUUCGGCAUGGUGGCUCCAGAUGUUCAGAUAGAGGACGGAAAAGGGACCAUCCUCAUCUCCUCGGAGGAAGGAGAGACGGAAACCAACAACAGCAAAUUUCUUGCUGAUUUCGGGAUCCGUAACGGCAGCCGCCUCCAAGUCGACGACUUCCUCCAAGACUACACACUCCUCGUUAAUGUCCUGCACACCGAGGAGCUAGAGAAGGACGUGGAGUUUGAGGUUGUAGGCGAGGCCCCGGAUAAAGCUCCGCCCCCUCAGACUAACCAGGAGGAGGUGAACAGCAUCACCAACGGCAACAAGGACUCCGCCCAGCCGUCCACCUCCUCUAAAGCUCCAGCGGAGGACGAUGACGUCAUGAUCGUUGACUCUGAGGAGGAGGAGGAGGAGGAGGAAGGGGCGUCGUCCAGCACUGCACCUACAAGCGGCACCAAGAGGAAGCACCCAGACGCAGAGACCGGCGAGACCUCCACCAAGCGCCCGCGGACGGACCAGUCGAGCGCAGCUGCUGCCCCCGCCGACAAUGACGACGACGACGAUGACAUCAUCGCUCUGGACUAACCCCCCCACACACACACACACCCACACCCCACCCCUCUCUCUGGUCCCCCUGAAGGACUGAGAACUCUUUGAAGGCUUAUCAUUUGUAAGUCAGGACUGACAGUAGGUUAAAUUAAAACACCUCUUUCAUGGAGAACAUUGGACAGCCCUCGUUCGCCUCUCGUCACUUCCUCCCUCGCCCUGUGUUUGUGCUUUCAUACCCCCCCUCCCCCCCGCUCUGACACGAUGCUGUAAAUAGAUUCUACAUUUUAAACACGUACACGUACAACUUCUUUUGUUAUUCAUUUCUGCUCCCUAAAAAAAAAUAUCCUCUCGAUGGUUUAAAAACAAGUCUAUUUUUGUUUGUUUUUUGUAUUUUUUAUAAACGUAAUGUAUUUGUCAUGCUACACAAAUCAGGGUGUUUUUGUGCUUUGUGUUCGGGUAACAAAAGAUGUAAAAAAAACAUUUUCAAGGGUUGUAAUAUGUUGUCUCAGUCGUUUGUGAAGGGACGGUAACGGACGGACCCCAGGAGUCUGCAGCGUCUUGUCUGUUGAUGUCCGUGUUUGGCCACGUUGUGCCGUGGGGGCGUUAGUUUGCUACCUCUUUUCUAGAACAAGUUUUUGGCUGCAAAUUCAUAACCACGCCCUCUAUGACGCCGCCACAGCGAAGGCUAUGGAGCAGGACAGCGGCACUAAUGCAGCGCCCUGUGGACCCGAUCCUGAUCCAGGCUGGUAGUAGUUCAGUGUUAACAUGUUAGUAAUAAGACUCGUUUGUGUUUGAGCAGAGAGGUCUUGAGUCUGGCGGCCCUCCUUUUUCACACUGCAGAGGUUGAUCGGGAUGGCAGUGGAGCCCCGCACUGAAGUGACAUAAGAACCUCUUGCACAAAGUUCCUGCCGACUUCUCCUGUGUCACACUUUCCAUAAUUUAAUAUUUCAUUGUGAUCUGAUUUGUUGUUGAAAGGCUGUGAGAGCCCUGUGGACCAAUUUGGACGAAAAGACAAUAAACUCAACAAAGGCA